CAGAGCGAUGGUGGUGGAGCUGCUGUGGGCGGAGGCAGCGUAGCCCCCACGGAGCAGGAGCCUGGCGGGCGGCGCCGGAGCCGAGCACAGGAUGGAGAACCGGCCCGGGUCCUACCAGUACGUCCCUGUGCAGCUGCAAGGGGGUGCGCCCUGGGGCUUCACCCUGAAGGGAGGUCUAGAGCACUGCGAGCCGCUCACUGUGUCUAAGAUUGAAGAUGGAGGCAAGGCAGCUUUGUCCCAGAAGAUGAGGACUGGUGAUGAGCUGGUGAAUAUCAAUGGCACUCCAUUGUAUGGCUCCCGCCAAGAGGCCCUCAUCCUCAUCAAAGGCUCCUUCCGAACCCUCAAGCUGAUUGUCAGGAGGAGAAACGCCCUUGUCAGUAGACCGCACUCAUGGCAUGUGGCCAAGCUCCUGGAGGGAUGCCCUGAAGCAGCCAGCACCAUGCAUUUUCCUUCGGAAGCCUUCAGCUUAUCCUGGCAUUCAGGUUGCAACACUGGUGACGUGUGUGUGCAGUGGUGUCCUCUCUCUCGGCACUGCAGCACUGAGAAAAGCAGCUCCAUUGGCAGCAUGGAGAGCCUGGAACAACCAGGCCAAGCCACUUAUGAGGGCCACCUCUUGCCCAUUGAACAGAACAUGUAUCCUAACCAACGUGACUCAGCCUACAGCUCCUUCUCAGCGAGCUCAAAUGCCUCUGACUGUGCUCUUUCUCUGAGGCCAGAGGAGGCAGCCCCAGCAGACUGUAUCACACAAGGGUUAGGGCCAGCUAAGGCUCCCAGUUCCCGGGCUAAUGGCUCUGAGACCUCAGGAGGUAGCCAGCACACCAGCACUGGCCGCCUGACCCCCAACUCCCAGAUGUCAUCCCACUCACAGGGUGGCUACCACUCAGGGCCUGCCAAGACAGUCAGGGGCCCACCACAACCUCCAGUGAGGCGGGACAGCCUCCAGGCCUCCAAAGCCCAACUCCUCAAUGGAGAAGAGUGCAAGGCAUCUGAGCCUGUGGACUCCUUACAACAGAAGGAGAAAACAAACUUAGACACAGCCCUAUCCCCAAGGAACUCUCAUAGGUUCUGCUGCCUCAGUGGGCAAGACCAUAUAACAAGCAAGGAGCAUGAGAACUGUGAGCUCAGUCAGCCUCCUGAAUCUAGCCAACAGGGCUCUGAGCUUCUCCUUGUGGAGGCUUCUCUCAAAACCUGUGACAAAGCUCCUAGCAAAGAUUCCAGCAUCCUCAGUGAGACACCAGGAGAGAUAACUAAUGCUCCUUCCUAUGGCAGCCCUCCACACCUCACAGGACCCACAGGGCAUCGCCAUAGUGCCCCUGAACAGCUACUGUCAUCCCACCUACAGCAUGUGCACCUGGAUUCCAGAGGUAGCAAGGGGAUGGAACCCCCACUUGGGCAGGAUGCACAACAGUGGACACUGUCCCCUUUGCACAACAGCCACAAAGGGAAGAAAAGUCCCUGUCCCCCUACGGGAGGAUCCCAGGAUCAGCCCAGCAGAGAAAGAAAGAUCAGGCCAAUGGAUGAUAGGCCUUUGAGUUCAGGACCCCAGAGCCAAAACAGUUCUCCACAUGGAGAGGCAGAUGGAUGCCCUCCAGAAAAAGGAUUCCUGGACCCAAACAAAGCAAGUGGAACAGGCGGUGACUUGACCAGCCAGCAGCCUGCAGUCUCUUGCUCUCUCUUUCAGCAAACCAAAGACUGUUCUUCAGCCACUAAAGUAGCUGACAGCACAGAAGUGAUGGAGGAAGUAGAAAGUGAACCCAAGGAGUUCAGUCAGAUGGGUGGCAGGCGAACUGGAGUCCCUCGGGGCCGCUCAAUCCAAAACCGAAGGAAGAGUGAGCGUUUUGCCACCAACCUACGUAAUGAAAUUCAGAGGAGAAAGGCCCAGCUUCAAAAGAACAAGGGUCCUUUGUCACAGCUAUGUGACACUCAGGAACCAGUGGAAGAGACCCAAGAGGUUCCAGAAAGUCCUCCACUUCCUGCCUCUAACUCAUCUCUUCUAUGUUCAUAUAAAAAUCCCCCUAGCCCCAGAAGUAAGCUUUUCAACAAGAGCAUAAUAUUCAGGGCUAGAUCUUCAGAGUGCCUUAGCCAAGGUCCUGAGAACCAUGAAUCUAGGACAGGCUUGGAGGGACAAAUAAGCCUUGGCCAGAGGCCUGGCCAGUCUUCUGUGGGCCUAAACAACUGGUGGAAAGCAUCUGACCCAUCUGUCUCAGACUCUGAAAGAGGGAAAGCUUACUAUGGCAUCCGUGGAGGUCAUCGAGGAUGGUCUCCAGAACAUAACCUCCGCCCACGUGUAACAUUGUCCACAGAAGGCCCUUCUAGCCCAAGUGACAAGGAAUUGAAGCCUUCUAUUACCCAAGCUGUGGAGGAAUCCACCCUUUUGCCCUUUGCAGACCGAAGAAAGUUCUUUGAAGAGAACAGCAAAUCCUUAUCCACAUCCCAUUUGCCAGGUUUAACCACUCAUAGUAGUAAGACAUUCAUUCCGAGACCAAAACCUAUAGACCAAAACUUCCAGUCAGUAAACUCCAGCUACAGGGAAUUGAGGUGUCAUCCUGUUGACCAAUCAUAUUAUUCCACAGACCAACCAUAUCAUGCCACAGAGCAAUCAUGUCAUCCCAUAUCACCACUUCAGCCAGAAACUGCCACUUACUCAGAAUGCUUUGUAAGCAAAGGUCUAGAAAACUCAUUGUGCUGCAAGCCACUGCACUGCAGUGAUUUUGAUUGCCGCAGGACCUGCUCUUACUCCUGCAGUGUUCAGGGAGCUAUGGCCCAUGACUCUUGCAUUUAUUGUUCUGGAGAAAUCUGCCCUGGCUUGUUAAAAAGAAAUAUGAUGCCAAAUUGCUACAACUGCAGGUUCCACCACCACCAGUGCAUGCGGUGUGCUGCUUGCUGUCAUAAUCCUCAGCACAGUACCCUCGAGGAGAGCAGCUUGACACCUGGCAACGCUUGGAAAUACAGGAAGGCACCAGUGCAGGAAUUUCCUGGGGACAAAUGGAAACCAAUAACAGGAAACAAGAAGACUGGCCAGUCUGGGAGGGAUAUGGCUCAUUCCAAGGCCAACUUUUCAUGGGCAGCCCCCUUCCAUUCCUGCCUAGAGAACCCAGCCCUGGACGUAAGCCACCGUGCAAUUUCUUCUCUUGACCUCCUUGGAGACUUCAAACAUACCUUGAAAAAAACAAAAGGAACUUCAGUUUAUGAGGAGGAAUGCUCACUUCCCUCCAUGCCCCACCCACUGCGUAACCGUGCCUUCUCAGAGAGUCACAUCAGUUUGGAGCCUCAGAACACCCGUUCUUGGGUGCAGCAUCGGAGGGAGCUCGUUACCAAAGGUGAUGAAACACAGUCUGAUCCUGUUGUAGUCAGGAAGAAGGCGUUUCCUCCUCCUCGUCCUCCUCCUCCCAACUGGGAAAAGUACAGGCUCUUCCGGGAAGCCCAACAGCAAAAGCAGCAGCAGCAGCAGCAGCAGCAGCAGCAGCAGCAGCAGCAGCAGCAGCAGCAACAGCAGCAGCAGCAGCAAGAGGAAGAAGAAGAAGAUGAAGAGGAACAGGAAGAGGAGGGAGAAGAGGAGUUGCCACCUCAGUAUUUUAGCUCAGAAACUAUUGGUUUCUGUGCUCUCAAUCCUAAAGAGGUCCUUGAGCAGCCACAACCUCUGAGCCUUGACCACCUGGAGGCCUCAAGACAGGGCUCACAAAGCCCAUCAGACCAAGAGUCUUUUGCUGUCCAUUCUAGUGAUUUCCUGCCUCCAAUAAGGAGCCACCUGGGAUCUCAAAGCGAGCAGGCACAGCCCCCUUGCUAUUAUGGCAUGGGUGGACUUUGGAGGACUUCAGAACAGGAACAUACUGAUUCCUCCAAAUCAGAAAUAUCCCUGGCAGGAGGAUCCAAAUCCAAGCCACCAUGGAGCCAGAGCUACUUCUUUCCUGAGGAGAAAUUCACUGUGAUGGGUUGGGGCUCUGAGAAACAACGCCUUGGCCCUGCAGACUUUGGUGAACCCAAGGCAACAAGGCAAGAGUUUCAGCACGUCUCACCCCCUCCAGGAGCUCCAGGAAUCCCUACCUCUUAUUCAGCUUAUUACAAUAUUUCUGUGGCCAAAGCAGAGCUGCUGAACAAGUUAAAAGACCAACCAGAAAUAGCAGAAAUUGGCCUGGGUGAGGAGGAAGUUGAUUAUGAGCUAGCUCAAAAAAAGAUACAGCUUAUUGAAAGCAUUGGUCGAAAACUUUGUGUCCUAAAGGAGGCCCAGCGAGGGCUGUUGGAGGACAUCAGUGCCAAUUCGGCUCUUGGAGAGGAGGUGGAGACUAAUUUAAAAGCCGUCUGCAAAUCCAAUGAAUUUGAAAAAUAUCGCUUGUUUGUUGGGGAUCUGGAUAAAGUGGUUAACCUGUUGUUGUCACUCUCUGGACGACUGGCACGGGUGGAGAAUGCUCUUAACAGCAUCGCCUCGGAGGCCAACCAGGAAAAGUUGGUGCUGAUGGAGAAGAAGCAGCAGCUGACAGGCCAAUUGGCAGAUGCCAAGGAGCUAAAGGAGCAUGUGGAUCGUCGGGAGAAGUUGGUGUUUGACAUGGUCUCCCGCUACCUGCCUCAGGACCAGCUCCAGGAUUACCAGCACUUUGUCAAGAUGAAAUCUGCUCUCAUCAUUGAACAGAGAGAAUUGGAGGAAAAGAUCAAGCUUGGAGAAGAGCAGCUCAAAUGUCUCAGGGAAAGCCUAUUCCUGGGGCCCAGCAAUUUCUAAAUCACCAGCAGUCCAUACACCAUCCCUGACCAGCAACAGUGAGAAUUGCUUUCAUCUUUAGUAGAAGUUUGCUGGCAAGUAGACAGCAAUUAGCAGUUUUUCCAGCCCUAUUUCCCUGGAUGUCUCUCAUUUCUACUUCCCUAGCAGUGGUUCCAACCAGCAAGAAUACCCUUAGGAGGUACCAAGCUUCUACCUUAGGUAGUUACAGCAAGGUGUGAUUGUGCAAGUGUGCUCUCCUUCCUAUAGUGCAUAUGGGCAAGCAUCCUCUGCCCAAAGAACCAAAAAACUGCCCUUUUUCUUCGUUAUACUAGGAUACCAAAGACAUCUUGAACUCUCAACCCACCCACACCAUAAUUAAGAAUCAGAGAAACGAUCAGCUCCUUUCUACUCCAGGGCUUGUGGCCCAGCCAUUUGCUGUGGAGAUCUCGCUGUCUUGAGGGCAUUCAUUUACCACCAAUUUCAGGAACUCACUUAAACUUUGCAGUGGGAAGCACAAAAGAAGUAUUACACACCAGAGAAUGUGAGUGAAGGCUGGGUAUCUCCAGGUGACUCUCAGGAAAAAGCCAGGCUUAAACAAGUUGGUUCAACUUCUACUUUCCCCAGUAGCUAGUUGACAGGAAAGAAACCUGCUUUCAGCCUUGGCUAGUGUGGCCUCCUCCUCUGCUAAGACUUUGGGUCUGCCACCUUUAGUUCAUCUGGCUCGUGCAUUGUUGGGAGUUAAAGAUACCCACCCCAGUGCUUCACACUAUGGGCCCUUAAUAACUCUGCUAUUGCUGACUUCAGGAUAUAGAUUUCAUUAUUCGUGGGGAAGUUAUUAUAUUUUAAAUGGCCUCUUAAUUUUAUUUAUUUUAAUGUUUUGAUUGAUUUUUUUUCCUUUUUAAGUAGGAAGAUGAGAAGAGGAAAGUUGGAGAGGGAAAAGUUAACCAAGGAAAGCAAUUUUUGCUGAUCAGCCUGAAUCCUCCAUGGCUAGGUAGGCAUGUGCUGAAGCAUUCAGGCCUUUCCACUAGAGCUACAAGUGCUGAAGAAAGGUUUUCUCCCCUUGAGUUUAUAGCUUCCCUAUUGGCCAGGCUGCUUGUUUCUCUUAAAAUCUGGAUGACUGUGAGGUUACUAUUCCACAGCAGUGUUAAACUUUUUUUAAGCCAAAGAAAUCUCCUGAAACUGACAUAAGUCACCUAUUUCCUAAUGACUCCAGGCCACAAGUGAGUGGAGAUAUAUUCAGGACACACUUCUCUAAUAACUGCUUUACAGACUAUGGCCUGGCUCAGGGAAACAGACCUUUGGGAGCUGGGAGCCAUAACCAGGACCAGCUCCCCAGGGAAACUAUGAUCCAGCCUUCAUUUUGGCAUACAGCAUCCCCCGCCUUAGCUUGAAGGAUAUGUUUCAAGACCCUCAGGGGGACACCAGAAAACAUAUAUACACUGUGCCUUUUCUUACAUGAUCUGUAGCAAUGCCACAUAUAUCUGGAGUUAAUCUGCAUUCCCAUGUUCUAUGUUCUGGUUUUUCUUUUGGUUUACUACUCUUGUGCUUUGGGGUUAUUAUUAAGUAAACAUAGGGUUACUUGGACACAAGCACUGUCCUCUGCAAUACUUCAACAGCCAAUCUGAUAACUGAGAUUCCUACUAAGUAACAAAAGGGUGGGUAACCUACAUGAUUUGGAUACACUGGACAAAGGGAAGAUUCAUGUCUCAGAUGGGAUGGAGCAGAAUGGAACUAGAUUUCAUCAUGCUACUCAGAAUGGCACAUAAUUUAACGCUUAUGAGUUGUUUAUGCCUGAAAUUUUUCAUGUAUUCAUUUUGGACCAUGGUUGACCACAGAUAACUGAAAUUGCACAAAGUGGAGUUGCAGAUAAGGGGAGACUACUAUACAAAGAAUCCAAGCUACUGUUCUUGCCCAGGCCCUGACUGGUAACCAGAUUGUAUCCUCCUCAGUUGGGCAAUGGCAGGACAGGAAUUCUAACCAAAUCCUACCCCAUUGCCUGGCUCAAUUCUCUGUAACUUGCUGACUGAUGUCAACCUUUCAUCUUACACAGCCCACCUAAGCCCAGCUUAGCAAAGUCCUGACAUCUCUUCUGCUUGGAGGUUAACUGUAGUAAUGGAGGUACCUCAUUCAACCAAAGAAAUCACCAAGGAACUUUGCUGCUGCUACAAUGAUUAGUCACUGUCUUCCAUUUCCUUUUCACUGUAUGUGAAAACAAUGGGAGAAUCUUAGCCAGAAGAGUGGGGUGGGGGGAGACCCUUUAUGUGGGGCCCUGGCUAUGCUUAGUACUGCUGCCAGUGGCAAGAAGCACUGUUAGUGUCAGUCUUGCCAUUCUGCCCUCCAGUGGAAAAUUCUGUCCUUCUCAGGAAGGAUGACGGCUUAAUGGUCGUGUUUACCUAACUGAAGAUUAAAGAGGUGGGAGAUGGGCUUUGAAUAAAUGUCAUAGUUG